AUGGACGGGGUGGCUGGAGGCGCCGGAGCCCCCGGCGGCGCUCCGGGCUCCGGCGGGGACAGCCUGCCCCGGCGGAACGGGGACUCGAAGCGGCGCAGUAAGAGCAGCCUGCCGUCCCCGGGCUACCGGCUGUCCCAGGCCUCCCUGGAGGGGGAGCGGGGCUCGUUCGGGGGCGACAGCGCGUCCUCCGGGGGCCGCGGCCGCCGCCUCUCCAUCAUGAGCUCCUCCACCCGGGACGGCCUCCCGUUCCGCUCGGCGGGCACCCCGACCACCCCGGUGCCGCUGCCGCCGCCGCCCUCCUCCGCCGCCGGCGCCGCCCACCCUCCGCCCCGCUCGGUGGGCUUCGCCCGCGCCGCCCUGGCCUCCACCUCGUCCACCGGCACCGGCGUCAUGGUGGUGGCCACCGGCGCGGAGACCACCACCACCACGGCGGCGGGGACCCCGGAGCUGGCGGGGCAGUCCGGGCUGGGCGGGUUCGGCAUGGGGCUGGACGGGGAGGACUACAGCAGCUCCAACCAGAGCACCUUCAUCCAGCGCCAGUUCGGAGCCAUGCUGCAGCCCGGGGUCAACAAGUUCAGCCUGCGCAUGUUCGGCUCCCACAAGGCGGUGGCUCUGGAGCAGGAGAGGCUCAAGUCGGCGGGGACCUGGAUCAUCCACCCGUACAGCGACUUCAGGUUCUACUGGGACCUGCUGAUGCUGCUGCUGAUGAUGGGGAACCUCAUCAUCCUGCCGGUGGGCAUCACCUUCUUCAGGGACGAGAACACGCCGUCCUGGAUCAUCUUCAACGUGGUCUCCGACACGCUCUUCAUGGUCGACCUGGUUCUCAACUUCAGGACCGGCAUCAUGAAGGAGGACAGCACCGAGAUCCUGCUGGACCCGCGGGCGAUCCGCCAGAAGUACCUGAAGACCUGGUUCCUGGUGGACUUCGUGUCGUCCAUCCCGGUCGACUACAUCUUCCUCAUGGUGGACAGUCUGGACUCGGAGGUCUACAGGACGGCCAGGGCGCUGCGGAUAGUUCGAUUCACCAAGAUCCUGAGUCUGCUGCGGCUGCUGCGACUGUCCAGGCUGAUCCGGUACAUCCACCAGUGGGAGGAGAUCUUCCACAUGACCUACGACCUGGCCAGUGCCAUGGUGAGGAUCGUGAACCUGAUUGGGAUGAUGCUGCUGCUGUGCCACUGGGACGGGUGUCUCCAGUUUCUGGUCCCGAUGCUGCAGGACUUCCCUCCGGACUGCUGGGUCUCCAAGAACCUGAUGGUGAACGACACGUGGGGCGUCCAGUACUCGUACGCGCUCUUCAAGGCCAUGAGCCACAUGCUGUGCAUCGGCUACGGCGCCCAGGCUCCGGAGGGCAUGACCGACGUGUGGCUCACCAUGCUCAGCAUGAUCGUGGGCGCCACCUGCUACGCCAUGUUCAUCGGCCACGCCACCGCCCUCAUCCAGUCCCUGGACUCGUCCCGGCGCCAGUACCAGGAGAAGUACAAGCAGGUGGAGCAGUACAUGUCGUUCCAUAAGCUCCCCGCGGACGUCCGGCAGAAGAUCCACGAGUACUACGAGCACCGCUUCCAGGGCAAGAUGUUUGACGAGGAGAACAUCCUGGGAGAGCUCAGCGAGCCGCUCAAAGAGGAGAUCGUGAGCUUCAACUGCCGCAGCCUGGUGGCCAACAUGCCGCUGUUCGCCAACGCCGACCCCAACUUUGUGACCGCCGUCCUGACCAAGCUGCGCUUCGAGGUGUUCCAGCCGUCGGACUUCAUCAUCCGGGAGGGAACCGUCGGGCGCAAGAUGUACUUCAUCCAGCACGGCCGGGUCAGCGUUCUGACCCGCGGGAACAAGGAGACCAAGCUGAGCGACGGCUCCUACUUUGGAGAGAUCUGCCUGUUGACCCGUGGACGGAGAACGGCCAGCGUCCGAGCAGACACCUACUGCCGUCUGUACUCUCUCAGCGUGGACAGCUUCAACGAGGUUCUGGAGGAACAUCCCAUGAUGCGACGGGCCUUCGAGACUGUCGCCGUGGACCGACUGGACCGGAUCGGCAGGAAGAACUCCGUGCUGCUGCGGAAGUCGUCUCAGGGCGGCUCUCUGGGCGGCAGCAUGGGUCGAGGUGGAGGUCGGGGCGGAGGCGCAGGCGGCCUGGGAUCCUGCGACAGCAUGCUGGUGCAGCAGAUCGUCAAACACGACAGCAUGCCGGCCAUGCAGGACGCCAUCGCAGCCGCCGCCGCCGGUCGGAGCGGCGUGAUGGGCGGCAGCGGCACGGUGUCCCCGCGGCCCCGCCCCGUCAUCUGGGCGCCGCUGGUCCACGCGCCGCUGCAGACUGCAGCCGCCACCAGCAACGUGGCCAUCGCCCUGAUGCACCAGCAGCAGCAGCAGCAGCAGCAGCUGCAGCAGCUGCAGCAGCACGCUCUGGGCGGGGCCUUCUUCCUGCCCUCCCCCCUCAUCUCCCCGUCGCCCUCCUCGUCCUUCCCCCUGUCGCCUCCCCGACCUCCGGUCCUGCAGCCGCUCCGGCCCUCCGUCAGCUCCCUCAUCGGGAUGAUGGCCAUGGGGGGGAUGGGGGGCAUGGCGGGGAUGGGUGGCUUGUCUCCGAGGGGGGGCUUCCCCGCCUCCCCCUCCACGCUCGGGCCCCCCGCUGGGGUGACAUCACCUCCUGUCGCUAAGACUCCGCCCACUCCGGCCUCCUCCGUCCCCACCUCUGUCCAGCAGGGCAGGACUCUGCAUUAUAGCCUCCGACUGCAGGCCGACCAUCCCUCAGCCAUCCCUGGAUCUUUAGGAACCACGACAGCACCGGCUCCUCCGGCCCACAAAGCCCCGACCAUGAACCCCCCGGCGGCGACCGGCGGCGCAUCGGACGCCAGCACGACUGCAGCGACUCAGCAGGGAGCUAAAGAGGCUCUGCUGCGUCACGGAGGAAGCAGCUCUCAGGGCCUGCCGGCGCUCGGCCGACUGACCCAGGAGGCCCGGCUGCUGUCGGCGUCGCAGCCCACCCUGCCUCACCGCUCCUGGGCCGCCGUGCAGCCUCACCCGCCCCUCCACCGGAAGGCGUCCGGGGGAAACCUGCUGGCGGCGCCGUUCCUGGCGGGGCAGCUGGCCCGGGGAGUCAGUGCCGGGAUGCUGAGCUCCAACCCUCCGGUGCAGCUGGUGACCAACGUCCCAUUCAACCCUCAGACAGCAGCCUCCGUCCUGCCGGCUGCUGCCCCGCCUCACCUUCCUCCUGCAGCGCCCUCCUCCUCCUCCCCUCCCAAACAGACCCCUCUCUCCUCGGCCACUCCUUCCCCCUCCUCCCCCACACCAAUCCUCGCCCAGACUCCUCGACCCAAACCGACCCCCAUGACUCCCUCCAGCUCCUCCUCUCCUCCCCCCUGCUCCACCCCUCCAUCGGCAGGAACCAGCCCUCUAUCGCUUUCAUCAACUCCUCGACCCAAACCGGCUCCUUCCCCUCGCUCCUCCUCUCCAUCUCCAUCCUCCACGCCGCCUCCAUCGUCUGUUUCCACCCCCGUUCCUCUACCUCAGCCUUACGGGACCAAGACCUCCCUCACCUCCUCGUCUCCCCCUUCGUCUUUGCUGUCCUCCUCCCCUCCUCACCCGCAGAGCUCCCGGGCCAAAACAUCCAUCACGCCUCCUUCAGCUUCUCCACUGUCCGGCCCAAGUCCCACGUUGACCCUGAUCCCGUCUCCGACUCCCACUCAGACCACCCGCACCAGAACUUCUACUCCCGCCCAGACUCCCACUCAGACCCUCACUCCAGUGACUCCCACCCUCACCCCUUUGCCUUCCCCGUCUCCCAUCCCCGUUACUCCCAUCCCCAAGAGUCCGACCCCUUGUCUCCAGCCGCCCAGAAGCUCCGCCUCCAGCCAGAAACAAACCCCCGCCAGCACCGGCACUCCGACUAAAGUAACUUUCUCGGUUCAUCCGGUGAAGCAAACCUCCCCCGUCCUCACCCCGAGCCGCACCAUCAAACCGACCGCCUCUUUAAGCCCGAACCAGAGCUCCACUAACCCGUCCACCACCACUGCCAGCUCUCCGAGCGUCCAAUCCUCAAAACUCAACCCUCCUCCUGCCGCGGUCCAAACCUCUCAGGCAUCCACCGCCACUGCCACCGUCGGAUCCGCCCAAUCAGCCGCCGCCACCUCCCCUAAAGGCGGGAAACAGGACCCUCAGCUCGCCAGAAAAGACUCGGAGGGUCUCAGACACAAACUUCCCGCCAACAUGUGA